AUGGCCCAGUACCCAAAGCUGAGAUUCAUGUAGGCAGUCUAUAUCCCACUGAACAGCUAUCAGUUUGUCUUUUCUCAGUAUGUUUAUUUAUGCGCUCCUCGGUUUUGUAACUCUGUGUAUUUGUGAAUAUUUUUUAGCUUAUGUAUGCGUAUUUUAAGCAUGCUCAAGCUGCUACCACCGAGGAGUAUCUCUCUGAAACCAGAAGUUGUCAGCCAGGCAUGUCUGGCAGAUAAGGUGAAAGCUACAUAUUUGUGGGUUUAGAAUGUUAAAUUGGUAACAGUGUCUCUGUGCAGCUGCUCACAGAUGGUCCACCAUCCUUCCCGCCCGUUAGUCAGCUAUCUAAAUGUCUGAGACAUUUACACGUUUCCUGUGCAACUUCUACAGCCUUCCCAAUUGAAUAGCCAGUGUCCCUAUUAAGGUUAAAUGAAACGCACACUACUGGUCUGUAGUGAUGGGGGGGAAUCGAUAGUUGCAAAUCCUGAUAUUAUUUUUGACGAUGUAUCGUUUUGACAAUAUCGCAAUAUUAUUUUUGCGCUAGUUGUUUGUACCUGCACCAAAACGCCAGUAUUUUUCCUUCAUAGCUUGUUCUCCAUCUUUUUUAAAUCGGGAGCCAAUUUGUUUUCAGCACAUAUUUGAAUGACUGAUUUAACUUGGUUUCUCAUGGCUUUCUUGUCCCACUGCAGAAGACAUAUGGUGAGCAAUAUGUUUGUAACAUCGAAAUGCAAUAAAAUCAGAGUAUCAAAUUGCAAUACAUAUCAAUACAUACAAUAUUGGCACUUAUGUAUCGUAAAAAUAUCGUAUCGUGAGGUCCAUGGCAAUUCCCAGCUCAUCUGUACGUUUACUUUCGCCUUGUUUGUUGCAUAAAGAAUUGCAUAAAUAAACGUGUCUAGAACAAGACAAACCUACACAAGCAUCAGGUUUAUGCCAAUAAGGGUUAGGCUACGGUUUCUCUUCUUCUUUGAUUGUGCAUUUUCAAAGACACUUUCAUUCAGUCCUCAAACCAAAAACAAACACCAGUUAGGAACACACUGUUGAGCAUAAAUAGCAACUAAACUCAGCAAAAAAAGAAACGUCCUCUCACUGUCAACUGCGUUUAUUUUCAGCAAACUUAACAUGUGUAAAUAUUUGUAUGAACAUAACAAGAUUCAACAACUGAGACAUAAACUGAACAAGUUCCACAGACAUGUGACUAACAGAAAUUGAAUAAUGUGUCCCUGAACAAAGGGGGGGUCAAAAUAAAAAGUAACAGUCAGUAUCUGGUGUGGCCACCAGCUGCAUUAAGUACUGCAGUGCAUCUCCUCCUCAUGGACUGCACCAGAUUUGCCAGUUCUUGCUGUGAGAUGUUACCCCACUCUUCCACCUAGGCACCUGCAAGUUCCCAGACAUUUCUGGGGGGAAGGGCCCUAGCACUCACCCUCCGAUCCAACAGGUCCCAGACGUGCUCAAUGGGAUUGAGAUCUGGGCUCUUUGCUGGCCAUGGCAGAACAGACAUUCCUGUCUUGCAGGAAAUCACGCACCGAACGAGCAGUAUGGCUGGUGGCAUUAUCAUGCUGGAGGGUCAUGUCAGGAUGAGCCUGCAGGAAGGGUACCACAUGAGGGAGGAGGAUGUCUUCCCUGUAACGCACAGUGUUGAGAUUGCCUGCAAUGACAACAAGCUCAGUCCGAUGAUGCUGUGACACACCGCCCCAUACCACGACGGACCCUCCACCUCCAAAUCGAACCCGCUCCAGAGUACAGGCCUCGGUGUAACGCUCAUUUCUUAAACGAUAAAUGCGAAUCACCCCUGGUGAGACAAAACCGCGACUUGUCAGUGAAGAGCACUUUUUGCCAGUCCUGCCUGGUCCAGCGACGGUGGGUUUGUGCCCAUAGGCGACAUUGUUGCCGGUGAUGUCUGGUGAGGACCUGCCUUACAACAGGCCUACAAGCCCUCAGUCCAGCCUCUCUCAGCCUAUUGCGGACACUCUGAGCACUGAUGGAGGGAUUGUGCGUUCCUGGUGUAACUCUGGCAGUUGUUGUUGCCAUCCUGUACCUGUCCCGCAGGUGUGAUGUUCGGAUGUGCCGAUCCUGUGCAGGUGUUGUUACACGUAGUCUGCCACUGCGAGGACGAUCAGCUGUCCGUCCUGUCUCCCUGUAGCGCUGUCUUAGGCGUCUCACAGUACGGACAUUGCAAUUUAUUGCCCUGGCCACAUCUGCAGUGCUCAUGCCUCCUUGCAGCAUGCCUAAGGCACUUUCACGCAGAUGAGCAGGGACCCUGGGCAUCUUUCUUGUGGUGUUUUCCAGAGUCGGUAGAAAGGCCUCUUUAGUGUCCUAAGUUUUCAUAACUGUGACCUUAAUUUCCUACCAUCUGUAAGCUGUUAGUGUCUUAACGACCAUUCCACAGGUGCAUGUUCAUUAAUUGUUUAUGGUUCAUUGAACCAGCAUGGGAAACAGUGUUGAAACCCUUUACAAUGAAGAUCUGUGAAGUUAUUUGGAAUUAUACAAAUUAUCUUUAAAAGACAGGGUCCUGAAAAAGGGGCAUUUUCUUUUUUCGCUGAGUUUAGUAUGUCAUGCUCAUUUUGGGUUCCUUUCUCCUUGCUGAAAGAAAGAAAAUGUAUUGAUUUAGUGUCGGGAUUUAUUUUCUUGAAAGGUUUGUUAACUAAAGGGAUUAUGACCACCAGGAUUACAAAUGAGAAUUUACUCUUCAAUAAUGUUAAUUAUAGUCUUAUGACGCAACUGACCAAUGUCAAGCUGUACUGUUCUGACUGUUAUGCCAUUCUUAUAGUUUAUUAUUAUUAAUCUGCAUAGUGCUUGGAUACACCCACAUGAGUUUUGUAGUGGCCAAUGUUGGACUAUCGUCUAUCUUCCCGACCUUGCGAUUAUUAGCCCUUUGUUGAGAUAUGCAACACUGAAGGUAUACUAUGUGUUACUCUGUAUUAUAAACUGGGUGGGUCGAGCCCUGAAUGCUGAUUUGGCGGAAAGCUGUGUAUAUCAGACUGUAUGACAUUUAUUUUACUGCUCUAAUUACAUUUGUAACCAGUUUAUAAUAGCAAUAAGGCACCUCGGAUAUUUCUGGUAUAUUGCCAAUAUACCAAUGCUAAGGGCUGUAUCCAGGCACUCCACGUUGCGUUGUGCAUAAGAACAGCCCUUCGGGCCUUAUUGCUGAAAUCUAGUCUGUGGAGGAAAUGGAAUCUAAAAUCUUUCUCUCUGUCUAUAGGGCGUACUCCCUGGUUGACUCCAGCCAGGUGUCCACCUUCCUCAUCUCAAUCCUCCUCAUCGUCUAUGGCAGCUUCAGGUCAGUCUACCCUGUCCAACCUUCUUACAUCACAGAUAGGCCAACACUGGUCACUGGGUCUCAUCUUCUUUAUCAUGUUACUUCCAUUACAGUGAGCGCCUAUGUUGAGCUAUCCAGUCAUUUUAAAACAAGUCUUCAACAGAAUAGCAAUGUGAGAGAUGCUUGAUUUAUUUCAGAUAGUCAACCUCUCUCCACCUUUCCCUCCAUCUCUCCCCAUGCAGAUCAUUAAACAUGGACUGUGAGAACCAGGAGAAAGACAAGGAUGGUAACCCUGUCCCGAAUGGGGCCUUCAACAAUGGCAACACAAACAACAGUGAGUCUCACAUAUUUGGUGAGACAUAAGACAUACAGAGCGUGUGUUUUUUCUUUUUUGUUUACAAGUUUGAAGUCGUGAUACCGUGGAUUCCGUAUAUUUAGUGGUUGGUUGGUUUGCUGUUAUCCAGGCUGUAGAUGCAGCACAUGCAGAAAUGUGUGUGCUUGUGUGAUUGUGUCUUUCUCUAUCCCUGUGUGUUUGAGCAUUCUCACUUGUGCAUGUAUUGUGUGUUGUCUUGUAGGUAUUCAGACUAUAGACUCCACGCAGGCUCUGUUCCUGCCCAUAGGAGCCUCCGUGUCGCUGCUCGUCAUGUUCUUCUUCUUCGACUCUGUCCAGGUGGUCUUCACCAUUUGUACCGCAGGUACCCGACUCCUCACACAGCACACAGACACACGCCAUAAUGUCACAGAGCAAUUUCUUGCUCUUUUUGCCUAAAGGCAAGCUUACACUAAUUUUUUUUUUUUCUUAGAGGUUGGCGUCAUAAUGAGGCAAAAUGCAGGUCCUGCAUUGAUUUAACAGAAACAUUAUUCUCUGCAUAAUUCUUAUUAGGCUUGGGCGAUACCCCGGUAUACGGUAUAAACGGUAUAUUUUGAAAUACCGAUGGUAUGAUUUUCAAUAUCAUCUUUUGGGGGGGUGGGCGUGCCAUUUAGCAGACGCUUUUAUCCAAAGCGACUUAGUCAUGUGUGCAUACAUUUUUACGUAUGGGUGGUCCCGGGGAUCGAACCCACUACCCUGGCGUUACAAGCGCCAUGCUCUACCAAUUGAGCUACAGAGGACCACAACUAUAAGUUAAGUAUAACUAAGAAAUCUAAGAUGUGUCAAAUAAAUUAUAGCCAGCUCAGGGCUCCAGCUAUCCAUUUGGUUUGCUAACUUGCUAGCUAAGUGGCUAGAUGUCAAGAUCAAGCUUCUUGGUUACAGUAGAGUCAUUCAAUCACCUCCUGGAUCAAGAUCCCUGUUUUUUAUUUUAUAAAAUAGUGCCCCUAGUGUCCACAUUCAGUAAUACUGUAUACCCCUGUAGGGUACAAAGACGGUAUGAAAAUCUGGAUACCGCCCAACUCUAAUUCUUAUGAUGACAAUGAUUAGGACUCUGCUAAACUGAUUGAAACCAAUGGACAGAAACAAACUGUCUGGCUGCUAUAUCUUUGUCUAGUUCACUUAUCUAUCUUCCUCUUUGUUGUCCCUCUUCAGUUCUUGCGACAAUUGCAUUUGCAUUCCUCCUUUUGCCGAUGUGCCAGUACUUGACCAGACCCUGCUCCCCACAAAACAAGUAAGGAAGCUGAGAGGCUGCCAUGGCCAAAAAACAAUCAUGUGACAAGUCUUUAAUUCGCCUUUUAUGUUUGACAAUGUGAAGCAUCGGGCCUUAGAUUUCUCAGCUUAAUCAGAAUUCUUCAACCUUAACCCCCGUGUGUGUGUGUAAACCCCCGUGUGUGUGUGUAUUGAACACAUUUUGACUCAAAUUGGCUGUAUUUACACUUUUGACCCCAUACACCCUGUGUUUAGAGGAGAUCAUGUAUUUUCCAGUGAUUGUGUUUUGUCCCGUGUGUAUAAACCAUCUCUCUCGCUCUGCCCCCCUGUAGGAUCUCGUUUGGCUGCUGUGGGCGCUUCACUCUGGCCGAGCUCCUCUCCUUCUCCCUCUCUGUCAUGCUGGUGCUGAUCUGGGUGCUCACUGGACACUGGCUGCUCAUGGACGGUAUGUCAGUGUGUCUGGUGGGGGGGUGUAAACAACGCAUGUCAGAUUGUCUUGCCAUUGUAAGGUUUGCCUUUCUUUAGUUUCUCUCUAAUCUCGUGUGUCUCGCUCUCUGAGCUCCAUUACAUGUGUUUUUGAGCUGUGUGUGUUCAUGUCUGAUAUUCCCCACUGUGUGUGUGUCUUCCUCUCUCAUCACUGUGUCUGUCUUCCUCUCUCAGCACUGUGUCUGUCUUCCUCUCUCAGCACUGUGUGUCUCUUCCUCUCUCAGCACUGUGUGUCUGUCUUCCUCUCUUCCUCUCUGAGCUUUGUGUGUUCAUAUUUCUGAUAUUCCUCUGUCUUUCUCCUCAGCUCUGGCCAUGGGGCUGUGUGUGGCCAUGAUAGCGUUUGUGCGGCUGCCCAGUCUGAAGGUGUCUUGCCUGCUGCUAUCAGGGCUGCUUAUCUAUGACGUAUUCUGGGUAAGAUAGCCGCUCCCAUUCCUCCCUCCACCCAGCUGACCCAAAUACAACAGCUAAAACACAGGCAGGGCCAUGAGUCCUCAGAUACGAAACACAAAGGACCACACCACAGCUGUAGACAAUGGCUGAAUCUCAAACUGAAUACUUAGAUCACUCGACGUGUGCGUUCACGAGUCAAUCGAGUCCAUCUGAAACGCUAGUUGUCGAGCCAUCGAGGCCUCCACUGAACCUUUCGGAAGCCUCUUUUUCGAGUGGCAUACUGUGCGUUCUUCCCAUGAAUCUCAGCGCGUUACCUAGUAAAAACAUAAUUACUACUACUUUGCCCCCCAAAAAAAAUCAGAAUAAAUGAAGAUGAAUUAAUUUUGAAGUUUUUGCCACGGUCUUAGUCACACAAUUUUACAUCUAGCUAAGGAGUUGUGCUUGAAGAAGCAGUAUUUCUGACAUUUGAUAAUGUACACGAAAACCUGUCCAUUCUCUUGCUAAGCCUGAGCCAGUCACGUCAUAUCAAAGCUUACCAGCUAGUGCAACACUAAAUACAUCUAGUUAGCUAGCUAGUAACGUUAUUCUAUCACAAUUAAUAAGUUUUAAUGAAGCAGUAACUGUCUGUUCUUCUCCGAGUCAGUGCAGUAUCGAGUCAGCAGCUGCUGCGCCCACGACGCUCAGCUGAGCUGAUUCAGUUACAACGUAGCGAUUGGUGCUUUGGAAACAUGGUGAAGUAUGGACUGAUUGCUAAGAACAUGUGUACAACUUCAUCAGCAAGCUGUCAAACUAUCGUAAAUAAGUGACAUCCAAGCUACAUGCUGUUUACCAUUGCAGCGGUGCCUAAAAUCCUUACCUAACAUUAGCUUAAAUUCCAUUCCAACCCUUGUAUUUGUUAGUGAAUCUAGCUAACAUCAGGCAGGUUACUACCAGCUAAAUUGGCUCAUGAAACCAAUAUACUUCCACAUAUUUUGUGCAUGAGUAGCUAGAGAUAAAGUUUUUACUUUCUCACUGUCUAUCGGAGUAUGCGUGUCUGCCCAUGUUUCAUAUCGAGUCAUGCUACAAGACAGGUCGCGCGAGACGAUGCUCGCAAAUGGACGUCAAGUGUGUAUCGUGUCAAAACCUGCAGGCUCGAGUGAUGACUAUCAAACACAAGGGCCACUCAAUAAAGGGCUUAGUGUCCAAAUGUUCAGUUUGAGAUUUAGCCAAUUUUACUAUACAGUGAGGGAAAAAAGUAUUUGAUCCCCUGCUGAUUUUGUACGUUUGCCCACUGACAAAGAAAUUAUCAGUCUAUAAUUUUAAUGGUAGGUUUAUUUGAAAAGUGAGAGACAGAAUAACAACAAAAAAAUCCAGAAAAACGCAUGUCAGAAAUGUUAGAAAUUGAUUUGCAUUUUAAUGAGGGAAAUAAGUAUUUGACCCCUUCUGAAUCAGAAAGAUUUCUGGCUCCCAGGUGUCUUUUACAUAAGUAACGAGCUGAGAUUAGGAGCACACUCUUAAAGGGAGUUCUUCUAAUCUCAGCUUGUUACCUGUAUAAAAGACACCUGUCCACAGAAGCAAUCAAUCAAUCAGAUUCCAAACUCUCCACCAUGGCCAAGACCAAAGAGCUCUCCAAGGAUGUCAGGGUUGAGAUUGUAGACCUACACAAGGCUGGAAUGGGCUACAAGACCAUCACCAAGCAGCUUGGUGAGAAAGUGACAACAGUUGGUGCGGUUAUUCGCAAAUGGAAGAAACACAAAAGAACUGUCAAUCUCCCUCGGCCUGGGGCUCCAUGCAAGAUCUCACCUCGUGGAGUUGCAAUGAUCAUGAGAACGGUGAGGAAUCAGCCCAGAACUACACGGGAGGAUCUUGUCAAUGAUCUCAAGGCAGCUGGGACCAUAGUCACCAAGAAAACAAUUGGUAACACACUACGCCGUAAAGGACUGAAAUCCUGCAGCGCCCGCAAGGUCCCCCUGCUCAAGAAAGCACAUAUACAUGCCCGUCUGAAGUUUGCCAAUGAACAUCUGAAUGAUUCAGAGUAGAACUGGGUGAAAGUGUUGUGGUCAGAUGAGACCAAAAUGGAGCUCUUUGGCAUCAACUCAACUCACCGUGUUUGGAGGAGGAGGAAUGCUGCCUAUGACCCCAAGAACACCAUCCCCACCGUCAAACAUGAAGGUGGAAACAUUAUGCUUUGGGGGGGGGGGUUCUGCUAAGGGGACAGGACAACUUCACAGCAUCAAAGGGACGAUGGACGGGGCCAUGUACCGUCAAGUCUUGGGUGAGAACCUCUUUCCCUCAGCCAGGGCAUUGAAAAUGGGUCGUGGAUGAGUAUUCCAGCAUGACAAUGACCCAAACACAUGGCCAAGGCAACAAAGGAGAGGCUCAAGAAGAAGCACAUUAAGGUCCUGGAGUGGCCUAGCCAGUCUCCAGACCUUAAUUCCAUAGAAAAUCUGUGGAGGGAGCUGAAAGUUCAAGUUGCCAAACGUCAGCCUCGAAACCUUAACGUCUGACCUCUGUGAUUGCCAACAAGGGUUUUGCCACCAAGUACUAAGUCAAAUCAAUUUCUAACAUUUUUGACAUGCGUUGUUCUGGAUUUUUUAUUGUUAUUCUGUCUCUCACUGUUCAAAUAAACCUACCAUUAAAAUUAUAGACUGAUCAUGUCUUUGUCAGUGGGCAAACGUACAAAAUCAGCAGGGGAUCAAAUACUUUUUUCCCUCACUGUAUGUGUGAAAACCUAAGGUACAGCAAGUGCCGCUGUUCGAGGUCUCUUAUGUUUAUUGAGGUGGACAGAGCAGAGCAGGGAAUAGACUGAUUAGUAGAAGUUUCUGGUUAUCUCCGCUGUACACCAUGGUAGAGCCUAAAAGGCCAUCUCUGUUAUUCUACCACAUUUAUCGUGGUUAGACUACAUGUUCAAGACAGAACUACAAAUGUGGCUAUUUUCUAAGGAUCACUUGAGCCUCCGUAGAUGACUCCUCUGUCUGUCCUGCAGGUGUUCUUCUCAGCCUACAUCUUCAACAGCAACGUGAUGGUGAAGGUGGCCACCCAGCCGGCUGACAACCCCUUAGACGUGCUGUCCAGGAAGCUCCACCUGGGCCCUGGGAUGGGCCGCGACGUCCCCCGCUUGUCCCUGCCCGGCAAACUGGUCUUCCCCAGGUACCACAGCCUUGCCAUGGGGGGGGUGGAUCUAUGUUUAAACCUCCAACUCCAUUCACUACAGCUGUAUUGAUUAACCUCUGCUGUUCUUAUGAGCUCUGAAGCUCAAGCUUGCAUUUCCUCUUCCUCUCUCACCCCCCCCCCCCUCCUCUCCUUCUGUCUUUACAUCCUGCCCUUCACCAUGUUUUGGUUGUCUGUUUUCCCUCCCUCUUUUCUCCCUAUAUCUCAUCCCUCUCUCCCUACAGUUCCACGGGCAGUCACUUCUCCAUGCUGGGGAUCGGGGACAUCGUGAUGCCGGGCCUGCUGCUGUGCUUUGUGCUGCGCUAUGACAACUACAAGAAGCAGGCCAGCGGGGAGGCUGGGGGACCAGGCACGCCCGGACGCAUGGGGCGCGUCUCCUACUUCCACUGCACUCUCAUCGGAUACUUUGUGGGUAAGGACAGAGUGAGAGAUCGAGGCGGGAGGGACCAUCGUGUAACACGGGGCUGUCCAAACCUGUCCCUGGAGAGCUUACCCUCCAGUAGGUUUUCGCUCCAACCUCAGUAGGUAACUAACCUGAUUCAGCUUAUCAACCAAGUUAAAGGUAGACUUUGGGCAAAAACACCAAAAAUAAUGGCUUUAAACUGUAUAACUGAUCAGUGCACCAUCAUACCAGGUAAUUUAAUGCUUAAAAACAACAACAAAAAGAUCAAUAAGAUUUUUGGCUACAGAAGUGCCAUUUGUUACUGAUCUCUACAGCUUCUAUCCAAAACCAAAUCCUGUGAAAUGACAUCAUCACAUACUGGUGGAGUUACUGGCUAGCUACAUUGGCUAGCUUAGCUAACAAACUAGCUACUUCGGUCACAGCGCGCAUGACCAGAAUGACACAUCGAUGAACCACCAAAGGCACACCCCAUUUCUGUUAGACAAUUGACAGAGGCGGAGUUGGAAUGUUUUUUGGACCCAAAGUCUACUUUUAAUUAUUAGAAUCAAGUGUGCUAGAUUAGGGUUGGCACGAACAGGACAGAUGCUCUGCAGGAACAGGGUUGGGCAGCCCACACAACCACAUUCUGACUUGUUGAACCAGUCUGUAGAGAGCGCAGUUGCCUGGUUAACUAGACUAUUGGCAGUAAUCCACCAUAUGACAUCAUAUAAAGGGAGGCGACUUCAAGCUUAGAGAAUUCAACAACAAUAGUGGCAUUCUUGGCUGAUUUUGAAUGUAGUUUUAUUCUGUAUGCACUACAGGGAAGCCUCCCUCUGUACACAAUGUCAUAUUGCUUAUUCUACCUUAAACUCCAUAGUAUGAGAAGUUUGACUGGAGUGUUUCUGACCUGUCUCUGUUCCUUCCAGGCCUGCUGACUGCAACUGUGGCCUCCAGGAUCCACCGCGCGGCUCAGCCUGCCCUGCUCUACCUGGUGCCCUUCACCUUGCUGCCUCUGCUCACCAUGGCCUACCUGAAGGUACAUAUGGGGGGGGGGGGGGGGGGGAUAAUAUGAUGGGGUCAGUCAUUUAAGUAAGUUAAGAGGUCAGACAAAAUAGCAGGACUGCUAUUGUAUAAAUGUGUUUUGACUGAAUGCUGACAGUCAGAAGCUAUGUUUCCAUUAAAUUGUCCAGAGAUUGUUUUGUCGACAUUUAGAAAGUUUGCAUAGAAAAUAGUUGCAAUUGCCUACUACAAUGCAUUUCCAUUUAACUUUCUGUUGUGAGAUAAAAACAGCUGGACGUAAUGACAUCCCACAAAAGAAAAACACUUUUUUUGCCCCAAAAAACUAGAAUGUCUAAUAAAAAUAGCAUUUCUAUGAUCCAUUUAGGCGAAUUGCGCAUUGAUAAAUUGGCGACAGCCUGUAUGCCCUCCCACCUAUCUGUUUCAUGUCUCAGGUAGCCUACCAACGUAUCGCCACGGUCCAUGCCAUGGUGAAACUUGCAUUCCUGUAGAUCUUUAAAUAAUUGGAUGGUAAAACUUGCAUUCAGCCAACCAGAUAAGCAAGGCAAAGCAAUUCAGGCAUUCUUGAAAGUCGGGACAAUCCUUGUCCUGCAAAAAAAUAUUAUUAUAGUUGGAAAAAUGUAUUUAGCAAGCAGUAGUCAUUUAGAAUUAAAUAUGGAGUGAUGAUUACAUCACGUUCCCCACGUACCUUAAAAAUACAAUCAUUUACUUGAAAAACACAGUUUCCAUCGUCAUUUGACGCAAUAAAGUUGGACAAAAGAAAAAGCCGCCCCUGUCAAACGAUCUUUAGAACAUUUCUCCUAUAGCUGCCGUUUCCAUUACACAUGUCACAAUGUGUUGUGACAUUGCUUUUGUCGAAAUAAACCUGGGUCAAUGGAAACCUGCCUAGUGACUGAGAUCAACCAAUCGAGGCAGUGCUUAAGUGGUAGAGGAUGCCUAGAGGAGUAAUCCAGGAUCAAGGCAGUUAGGACACCAGGCCAGUGACCAGAGGUAAUGGAUGUAGCUGUUGAGGAUAUGAUGUGGUAUGGGAGCCGCUAGGCUAGUGGUUAGCUUCUAACACUGGGUGUGUCGUACCGGUGGUAGAGUAGGUCAAGAUGGGUGAUAUCUGUGGGUGAGGAUGGGAGUCAGUGGUGUGGUACUAAAGUAGUUACUGGGAAUCUAACCCUGGUGUGUCCUACAGGGAGACCUGCGGCGCAUGUGGUCAGAGCCUUUCCACACCAAGGCCAGCAGCUCCCGCUUCCUGGAGGUAUGAUGCACCCUGGGAACACAGCCAGUGUGGGGAGGACCAUGAGAGAAGAGUGAGAGGAAGAGCGUGCACUGAAGAGAGGCCUUGUCCUCAUCACUCGUUCAUUCUUUCCACCCAUCCUCUGAGCAGCAGACCUCUCAUAUGGACACCAUUGUGUGGACCUCAUUGCCAGACAACUCCUCUUUGCUUCUUUUUCUUCUUACUCCGUCUCUCCAUUUCCUCUUUCUCCUACUUCCUUUUUUCACAAUUCCUGUCCAUCUUUUUCCACUCCUCUCUAUAUUCCAUACUUUUUUAUCCCCCCUCCCUUUCCAUGGCCCAUUCCAUUUUGCUAGGCCUCUCCCUCUCUCCUUUCGCUCUUGGUCUUUCUCUCUUUCUCUCUCUCUCUUUCUCUCACUGACUCUGUCGGACUCCAAGGCCAGGUCUCGCCCUAUAUGGAUUACUGGGUGUGGGACGUGACUGGGUCUUCAUCAUGAAUCAUAUUAUUAUUCUGGAAUGAUUUGGUAUGAACCGCGGAGAGAGUAGGCAUAGCUGCUGCUGCCACUACGCAGGACAAUUGACAUCAGUGCACAGGACCAGCAGCCUACGGGAGAGAGAAGGAAUGGUUAAUCAGUCUCUCCCUCCCUCUGUCUCUGCCAUCCAUCUCCCCCCUCUGUCCCCAGAACACUUCUCCUCUCUUUCCUCUACACCCUCAACCCCCCUCCCCCUCUCUAACAAUCUCCCCCCUCCCCACCUUCUCUCAUUUGCUGCCCCAUCACAGAAACAUGUAUUUUAUUUAGAAAAUAUUUUAUUCUUGGCAUAUACAGAAAUUAUGCAUUAUAAAUUGUGAAUGUGUCCCUACUAUUGAUGGGGACGCAUCUCUCUUUGUAAAUAUGUGUACACACAUAUUUGGGUGUCAUGUUGUUUGUGUGUGUGUGUGUGUGAGAGAGCAUAGAAUGCGAGAUUGUGUUAUUUCAUUAUUAUGAACAAUUUAAUAAUGUUUUAGAUCCAGCACAGGUAUAAAAGGCAUCGACAAUGAGGACUUGUGGAGUGACAAGUCUGACUUGGAUCACAGCUUUGUUCUGGAAGGUUAGUCACACUAGGGGAGGUUUCCCUGUGUACACGUUUCCUCCCACGAGUGACAGAAUGGACAUUGGGAAACCCCUAGAUACCCUCGACAUGUGCCAUGGCUGUACCUGGAGGUGUGUCUGUUUCUCUGUGUGUGUGUGAUCAUAUAGCAUUACCUCCAUAAUGUCUAAUGGACCUUGAGAGAGGAAGUCUCUAUUACGCCCCUGAGGGAUUCAGCUUAAUAAAGGAUUGUAAUCAAUGGACCCUGAGAGGUUCAAACUAACCCAUAGCUAGUUUUUACUGUCAACGGUUUAGUAUCACCGCAGUUUUUGGAUUGUCAUUCCUCCCACAGUUUUGUGGUGCUUGUCAGUUAGAUCAUAGCUUGAACAAUACUGGAAUUAAAGUGUGUGAGAGCGAGAGAAUCCGAGGGAGAGCGAGACUUGGAUGGAACAUGCAGUUUGCUGGCUUCCUGUCUUGGGUUGUUUUCUUUACCUGUUUUUUUUAUGUUGGUUCUCUGGCCUUGCAUGUCAAGUGUACAGUGUGUGUCAUUCCUCAGACUGCAUCAACAGGGCACUUGCAGCUCAGAGACUCUCUGCUGGCCCAAACCAAGGCACUGAGCUUUGCCAGCAAGGCUGCACAGAGGAAAGUUACAUGGACAAAGGCCAGGAGUCUGGAGGACUCUGAACAGUUCUGA